AUGGACAGUAUUAGUGAUGUCGCCUCUCUUGCCACACUCGUUCAGCUAGCAGGCGCCGUUAUCAACUACGUAAGCACAGUUAUCGAUGCGCCCACUCAGAAAAGAAAACUACUUGCUGCGCUUAUUCAGGCACGAGGUCUACUCUCCACCUUAGUCGAACUGACGGGCGAGGUUAAAGAUGAAGACUGGUCAUAUACCAUUCAGAGCUUAUCCGCACGCAAUGGCCCAUUGUCCACAUUCCAGGAACUUCUUGAGCACCUGGCUAGGAAGCUGGACGGAACGCCCUCCGACGUUAGAAUCAAAACUGCUCUGACUCGGCUUCGUUGGCCGUUCGAUCAGACCAGCUUUCAGGAAAUGAUGAAUUCACUUGAAAAGCUCAAGUCGCACUUCCUUUUAGCUAUGGAGAAUGACCAUAUUCGGCUUUCUAAGGCAAUCCGAAAUGAACUCCAUGAAGUUCAAAGGCAGUUGACCGAAGCUACUAUUCGUACCCAAAGGCAAACCGUAAUGUCGCUUUCUAAGGAGCAAGAGCUCAUUGUGAAGUCUUUGUCUCUAGGAAAUUUGUUUCACGAGUUGGAUGGAGACGAAGUCAUGAAGAGGAGAGGCGGUGCUGAGUGGUUUCUACUCCAUGAUGCGUUCAAAAAAUGGCACAAUGCGAGUCGUACACCUAGCACCCUGGUGCUCACAGGCUCUCCAGGAUCAGGAAAAUCAGUAAUAUGCCAGGUGACCCGAUUCUUCCUCAAAGCUUGGCAUCAGUCAGAAAUUGAUGCCUGCGUCGCAUACUUUGCUUUUAAUUUCUCUCAGCGAGAGAAGCUCAGCGAAGCCCAAGUGUUGUCCAACAUCGUGCAGCAAAUUCUGUUGGAACGUCCUUACUUCAUGGAGCACAUUGCCGCUCUGAGAGUAACUGGUGGCCCUCUAUCCUCAAUUGAGAGUAUCGAUCUGAUCACCCGAGCGAGACGUGACCUCAAACGCUUCUAUCUCAUACUUGAUGGACUGGACGAAUGUGAAAGCAUGAGUCGAAACGUUGUUGAGGCUCUUCUUCGAAUAGAACCGCCCCUGAGUAUCUUGGCAGCAGGGCGAGCAACAGACGUAUCCCUUGGAACCUUGCAAGACAGUGUAACAGUCCGCAUCGACGAAGCUAGGACUUUAUCUACCCACUUGGAAACGAUCAAGAAAAUGCUCGAGGAAGACUCUCGCAUAACAGCGUAUCUUGAUCAUAGUCCUGAAAAUGUCGCCAAAGCAGCAAAACUCAUUUUUGAGCAGAGUAAUGGGCUUUGGAUAUACACGACUGUCAUAAUAAAAUCUCUAGCUCAGUCCGAAACUAGAGCCACUUUUGAACGUUUACUCAGCAACAGACCUCCAAAGCUCGUUGAUUUAUACGAGCUGAAGCUCGACGAUAUCAUGCACCAGCCAGUUGAACUCGCGGUAUUGGCCAAGAAGACCCUGAGGAUAGUGCUUGAUGCUACAGGUUCGGUUAGCGUGAGCCAUUUGGUGGAUGCUCUUACCACGGAAUUAACGGACAUUGAAUCCGCAUGGCGUCUUGGAAGAGGCCUCACAGAGGCAGAGAUAACUGAGAUCAUUUGUUCGAGCUGCAAGGGAUUUGUUUCCACUAGUGAGACCGGCACACGACUACACCUUUGCCAUCUAAGUGCAAGAGAAUUCUUGGAAAACCAUAGCAUUUCUUAA